AUGGAGUCUAGUGCAGUGGUCGCCUCAGGAUGGACCAGUCUGAGCCUCGAACUUCGACAGGCUAUCUGGGAGUUGGUUUAUACUACGCAGGACGCGCGUGUAGUUGAAGUGAGCACCGCAGAGCACUCUCAUCACAGUCAAGAACACGAUUGGUGUCCUCGGUUUUCACCGAGCCCACGGCCGACAAUGGUCAACAUCUGCCAUGAAGCUCGAUGCAUCGCACAUGAUGUCGCUCAACGUGCUGGCCAUCUGAUCUUUCAAGGUACCCAAGAUACCUACGCAUCAGACAUCUACUUUAACCCUGAGAUUGACACUCUAUUUGUUCGCAACGAUAAAUAUUACUGGAUUCGAGAUUGGGGAUCAGAGGGCAUCUUGACGCAGAUGUGGAAGAUGCAUGACCCUGACCGCUUACGCUUUCUUGCAAUUGAGCUCGAGCCAUUGACCCGUGCCACAACGCCCUGGUCGCUCCACAUUGAUUUGUUCUACUUCCCUCAGGUAGAGGAAAUCAUGUUUGUUGUGAAGCAAGAGAGCGAAGAAGCACAGGAGCGGCUUCGAUUUCUGAACCGGGAGAGGCGGCAUCUGGUGCAGGAUGGUUCGUCAGGGUACACCAGGCCCCGGCCUAAAGUAUCGCAAGACCUGGGGGAUUUCAAACUGGCCAGGAUCCGCCGAGGAGCGCUGGAAUACCUGCCGUCCCCCAUGCCUGCCACACGACGCAGGCAUACUUAA